GGCAAAGACCCGCCCCUUUCCAUUAAGCCAGGCGGGGUCAGCUGAGGCGAGAAAUGAGACUCCCGCCAACCCUCUGGAGAGUUUAGCGUGAGGCGAUGCCACGGUCGGGAACGUUAGAACGGCGCCGUCAGAUGACACCGGGAGAAGCGAGGAAUGACACACGCGAGGACUCGAGUCAUAUGGCAAACGGAAAAGAUGGCAGAACGACCUGUACACGACACAUGGACACUCGAUAUUCGAGAGAGAUGUAGCCUUCAGAAAUCUAGGCUUUAACUCUGUGUCCUCGGCGUUAUCUCUUUCCAAAGAGUUGGAGAGCUAAUAUUUGAUUCGGCAGUACCAUGGAUAUGCUAUCAUUUGCAAGGCAAACGUCUUUAUCGUCAAUGAACAGCUUCCUUCGUACUACUGACGAAAAUGAUCGUGAUAGUCGGUUUGAAGUUAAUUAUCUUUGACUCGACGUGAGGGGGUGAUGACGUGGAUGAAAUUUGGAUUAUACCUCUUGAAUUCAAUCUCAUUCCACUGUAUAGUUGUGUCAAGGAACUUUGACUCUGGGAUAUUUUCUCACUAGACGCAAGCUCAAUGGAAACCUUAUUCCCAGUUGAUUCUGGAGUCUUGGGAGGUGCGGAGAAAAUGACGUAAAAGUUCCCUCUCUGUGACAAUUUGGACAGACGCACCUUCGUUGCAGACUUAGUAUUUCUGAUUGGAUAAACUCCAAUUACAAUCAUUCCUGACGGAUUAUCGCUAAUUGUUCUGCGGAUUUUUGCUUCGGAAUGACGAACUUUUUCGGCAUAAAACCUUGCGAUAUAACUACUUGACGGCUCCACUCUCACCUUUCAUCAUCGCUGCUGGUGUCAACGCUUUAAGCUGGGUCCCAUUUUGUGUUGAAUUAAUCGGUGAAUUCUCGUUGAACCGUAAGGUAAACAAGUUAGUAUUUCAAUGGCUCAGGUUGUGAUACUUGACAUGGAAGCGGUGGAAGCAGAGAGUGAGUGGUCGCGCUCGAAUUGGGGGAACUUAAGCGGCGCGAUAUCGACGGAUGGUAGCAACGGCACCGCUGAUUUCACGCCACAUUCUACGUACAUUGGUUUUAAUGUGACGGAAAAAUGGAUUCUAACGGCGUUACUAUCAGUGGUCAUUUUGUUUACCGCCACCGGGAAUUUGUUGACGAUUGUGUCUGUUAUACGAGACAAGUCCUUACACUCAGUGAGCUAUGCUUACAUCGCUAGCUUAGCCUUUGCGGAUUUGAUCGUGGCAUCGAUCGUUAUGCCGUUCUCUAUGCUGUACAUCAUCACCUUCGACAGUGUUUGGGUUUUCGGCUCGGUGCUCUGCGACUUGUGGCAAUUCAUGGAUUACGUAGGCUGCACAGCUUCCCUUACAAACUUGUGCGCCAUCGCCCUGGACCGUUACCAGACCGUUUCCCAGCCGUUGAGGGCGAUAAGGACGCGCACCCGGGGCAGAGUGGCCUUAACUCUCUCUAUCACCUGGUUAUUGCCUGUGGUUCACUGGAUAGUAUUUAUUUCCGUGCUGCGUUCUUUGAACGGAUUUCCUCCUCCGAAUAAAUGUUCCUUAGAAUGGAGGCCGCAUUUCCUAGUUUUGAUUGCUUCCUCAGUGAUAAUUUACGUCCCAAUUGUGACGACGCUGGCGUUGUUUGUGCUCAUAUUUGUUUCGCUGCGACGCCAUGCAGUGAGGCUGACGCGACGCUUGUGUCGUCGCUCUUUCCAAUUAGAUCCACCCUGCGCCAGCGAUCCAGCAGCGCCAAUUCUGGAAAAAAGAAUAAGUACAGGAAGUGACGGUUCGACAGAAACACCAUCUUCUGGCGCCACCAGAGAAGAAAACGAAACGAGGCAUUGUUGUGGAUUAUCGUCCUCUCGCGAAAAAGGAAAUGAGACGCGGGAUUUAGAUGUUUUAUCGGACAGAACAGAGUCAGGAUCCGAUGAUGUGUUUAUGUUCAUAUUCUGUGACUCCAGAUGGGAGUACGUUAGUUACAGAACAGUUGCUACCAACACUUCCCCUCAAAUGCCUCAUAGACGCCAGUACAAAGAUGUGGCAACGAACACGUCUCCAAAGUUGCCAUUGAGGUACCGACCACUGGAGUCGCCGCCAUUAGCAAGGGCAAAAAGUGAACCUAGUCUUUUACAAGUGGUGCCAGCGUUGAAAAAUAUUGACAGAACUCAUUCCAUUUUGCCAAAGUCGGUUUGGGAAGUGAGACAACUUCAAACCGGCGAUAAGAACAAAUGGCAAAACCGUCUGAAAUUCGAACCGAAGUACUCUGCUGCUGUUCAGAAAGCCAGAUUCACUAACCAUGCCGGACGCAUACGGAAACGACGCUUGGAAUCUGUGCGUCUUGCGCAGCAAAUCCGCGCAGCCCGGAACUUGGCGGUGCUGAUGGCGUUUCUCGUGCUGUGCUGGAUGCCGUUCUCCAUCAUGUGGCCGAUACACGCCUACUGCCCGAGCUGUCUUACUCCGAAAGUGUACAAUCUCAGUUUCUGGAUAAACUACCUCAACUCUUCCAUGAACCCCAUCAUUUACUGCUUGUGUAACCCGAACAUUAGAAAUGCUUUUAGACGGCUAUUAAAGCGAGCUUAGCUGCAUAGUGUACCCUGGAAGUGCGCUUAAGGAAAGAAAAGUUGUUCAAAUUAUUAAUAUUUAACUUAAAAUGAUGUUUGAAUGUAUUAAUUAUUUGUAUAGAAUGACAUUUUUGUACAGAAUGACAUUUUUUCGGAGAAUUUGGCCACUGCAAUAUUCAAUUAGUCCGUCUUGACAAAACUUCUCAUCAGUUUUGUUUGUAGCUGUCUAAGAUUUUUACUAUGACUUUAUAGCUUAUACAAGAGAUGUAUACUGUUGCCGGAAUAUUUGUAUAUUCCCUGUUAACUUUAAAGGAUGAUAGACAGGAACGGCAAGGUUUCGUCUUGGUUAACAUAGAAAACUUCCGUUAAACGUAUAAGCUGACCAAUGGACAAGCCAGAUGUACCUUUCUCCGUUGUCAGUCUGUAUACCGGAUGAGCGCCUUAUGUCCUGGUGGCGACGCCUAUAGUCGGGCCUGCCAGUGGUACAGGUUAAUUUGAUUAUUGUUAUUGUUUUUGAUCAAUAAUUUUGCUGUGCUUUUUCAAGCUAAUACAAAAGAAUCAAAGGAUUCUUGAAGAAGUGGCGAAUGUAAUUAGAUCAUGCUAGACUAUCAAGGCACCAUGGUAAAAUAAAUCUUGGACCCGAGUUUUGUACUCAUUCAUACUUUACUGUGAUACUGCUAUUUGCACGUAAAGAAAAUAUUUAAUGCACAAGCCUUGUGACGACACAUCAGGUUUUUGUAUUUUUACACAAUUAGGGAGUGUGUUGUACUGGCGAGGAAUCCCAGGAACCUUCCAGAGGAUCAUAUUUCCACCCUGCUGUAAAUUCUGUUCUUUACUGUUAAUUAUAAUUUAGUUAUAACGGUUUCGAAAUAUACACGACGCCUUCGUAUAGGAGAAAUAUUCUUGAGUACGUCGUAAUCCACCAAUCAAAUAAAUAAAUACACACGAAGUUUGACAAUACAUUUUCCUUUUAACACAUUUAAUGAACAAGACAUUCUGAGCGCAAAGAUAUAAUUUCUGUAUGGUGUUUUUAGCUAUUGUACUCUCUAGCAAAUGUGAAACUGCUGGAACUCUUAAUUUUUUUGCUUCAAAAUGGCAAAACUUUGAAAUACAUAGGCUAUUUUGCUACAACAGUUUUAUAUGUUCGUAGGGUAAUGUGUACAUGAUUAGAUAACGUGUAACGUCAUCAGACAUCAGGUUGUGAUGAUGAUGAUGAUGAUGACGAC